AUGUCAUCAAAUCCUUCUUCUCUUUGGCAAAUCCUGUUCAGGAGAGCCAAUCCAGGAACACUUCAUCAUCACCCAACAAUUUGUUUUUAUCGAAAACUGAAACAAAAAUGUGAGAAUUGGAUCCAUCAUAAUAUAUGGAACCGAGUGCUGAAUUUAUCAUCAAUUUAUAAAACUCAAGUGAUGUUCGGAAAUGUUGAAUCAAUGGAGAAUGGAAAGUAUGAAACACAAGUGAUGAGAGAACGAUUGUUGUUUUAUCAAAAACAAAAAAGAAUGUUGCUAAAGAAGGCAAAAGAGCAGCAUAAACAGGAAAUACUGAUGGAUGAGCUUGCAAGAAUUAAUUUUGAAAUUUUCAAUGAGAUUGAUAUGAAGCAGAUUCGGAGGAAAACCUUGGGAGAUCGUGUGGAGUUUUGGAAAUUGUUUUUCAAGUAUUUAUUUGCAAAGAAACAACCACCACUAUUGUUGCACGCAGAGAUAUCAGAAUAUGAUAAAUACAAGCAAGAAAAAUCAGAAGAAAAGUAA